CACCUCAUUUUCGACCUGUUUAUUUUUUACACACCGCCUCUUGCCAGUCGGUCGUAUUACCACGCCUGCUUCUCUUUGGGCCACGACCUACGCUUCCUCCUUCUUCUUCUUCUUCUUCCCCCAUUUCUUCUCUCUCCAUCACACUCACAUUAUCUACCAUCAUGGCGAGAUAUUCCCAACCGUCAUCAUUUGACUUCUAUCAACAGUCCCCCACUACCUUGGAUGCCAAACCUGCAUUUCCCGAAGAGGAUGAGAUGAGUGUAUUAGACGACAAGAUCCUGGACUCUACUUCCCCCGACAUGGCUUCCUCCGCUGCCGACCACCGCAGAACCUCAUAUGAUCAUGCACCCGAUGCAUACACGCAUCGAGAUUCCGUCUGGUCCGACUUCUCUCAUUCAGUCUCUAGCAAUCAGUCCCGCCACAACUCCCAAGUCGGCCACCCGUUCUUUGAAUCCGCCCCCAAUCCUUUCAUGCGCGUCGAUGGCGCUCACCCGGCCGCAGCAUACGCUCAGCAGGCCUCGUGGUCCCUGUCCAAAGACUCGGGCGCAUGCACUCCCACCGCCAUGUACGAGCACUUCCCUUCCGAGAUGGAUCACAGCGCCUCCGCUCCGUUCGCAGGCGGCGCCGUCGGUCCCGUCAGCACCAUCAACAUCCCCUCCAUGUCCUACCGGCCCGGCAUGGCCUUCGCCCACCCGGCCGCCGUGGCUAUGUCGCCGCAAUCGAGUCAGGGUUGGAUGCCUGCCGCCACCGACAUGGCCGAUGCCGUGGCCCGUCCAACCAAGAGUCCCACCUACCGCAACAGCUCCCCGUUGAGCAUGCGUCGGGACGGCAUCCGCAAGAAGAAUGCCCGCUUCGAGAUCCCUGCAGAGCGGACGCUGAGCAACAUUGACCAGCUCAUCGGUCAAUCGACCAAUGAGGAGGAGAUCAAGGAACUAAAGCAGCAGAAGCGGCUGUUGCGAAACCGCCAGGCGGCAUUGGACUCCCGCCAGCGCAAGAAGCUGCACACGGAAAAGCUGGAAGAGGAGAAGAAGCAGUUCACACAGAUCAUCAGCGACCUCGAAGAGGAGCUGCAGAACAUGCGCCUCCGAGAGGCGGAGCUCCUUCGCGAGAAGAGCGAAUGGAUGGCCGCCCAGCAGGAGAUCACCCAGUACAUCAACACGAUGCACAUGGAGAAGGACGAGCUGAUCCGCGUGCACACCCUCGAGACCGCUGAGCUUCGUAAGAAGAACAACAUUCUCAAGGAGACCGUGGAGAAACUCGAGCGUCACGCCAGACCCUCGGCUCCCUCGAAUCUGCCCUCGGAGUUCUCUGACUUUGAGAACUUGACGAUGGAUAGCAGCCCUUGGGAGGACUUCACCAUGGUCAACAGUCUCUCUCUGGAUGCCGAGGCGGUUGCCGCCCCGUCGGCCCCGUCGACUUCGAUGGUUGUCGCAUCGAACGAGAAGGAUAAGGCGAACAGCGACUACCCGUUCAGCUGGAAUGCAUUCUAUAUGUGCCUGCUGUUCGGCGCGUUCGUGGCCUCGAACGGCCCCUCCCUUUCUGCCCGCUCCAUGCCUCAGCUCUCGGAGGAGUACCGCGCGGAAUCAGCCAACGUGCUAAAGGCCGUGUUGGCGUCGUCUCCUCCCGAGCUCGCCCAGCCGAUGGGCCAGGCCGCCGUCGCCCCCUCCUCGGCUGCUGGCGUUAUGCCCAGCACCAUUACUGGUGCCCAGAUGGCGCAGAUGACUGGUACUGCGGCGCCGUCCAACCUUGAUGAGCUCCACAGCGCACUGGUCAUGCCCUCCAAGCAGCAGGAGCAGGAGCAGGUCUUUGCUCUCAAUGCGGACCAGUACAACUCUUUGACUACUUACGAUGAUGCUGGUGUUGAUUACAAGCAACAGCAGCCAUCGAACCUUCAGCAAGCCCUGGCUGCCAUGAGAGGCAGUGUGCAGAGCAAGAUGUCGACGAAGGCCACUUCUGACGUCUACUCACGGUCUCUAAUGUGGGACCGGGUCCCUGAAAAGGUGAUCCGGGACUUCCGCCGCAUGGUCCAAGACUGUGGUGUCUCUCCGGUCAAGGAAGAAGACGCCAGUUUUGUCCACUAGUAGAUUUUUGAUCUGGGGUUGGUGGCUCGUCAUCAAACCCAACCCACCCUCCUCCGCUCCUCCUCCAUUUGCCUGCGUUUCUUCUCUGCGUCCACACACAGACACCUUAAGCGACCUGAUUGAGUUCUGUUGCCUUCAUCCUUUCGCUUCUGCAACCUUGAGUCUUCUGGGAAGACCAACUUUCUCUCCAGCACAGUGACAGUGCCUUUUUUAAACGACCCUACGACUGCAUGGCCCAGAUAAGCCAGAAUGAUUAGCCCAUAUAUACAUAGACAGCUUUACUCAGCAUACCAACUUACCAACUUACCAAACCAUUCACUUCACCGCGGCUGGAUAUAUCUGACGGCUAAGCCAUUCCAUUGUGAAUCACGUCUGUCAAAUUAGCGAUGCUGUUGUUCUUUGCUGGCCGGCGCGCUUACGCUUCUCUCCUUCGGCUUCC